CUCUUUUUGAUUAUUUCUUCUUCAGAUCUGAAAACUUUGUCAUUCUCUUCAGAAUUUCUUCGUGCUUGUUAUUCAUGGCUUCUUCAUCAUCUGUGUCUUGCAGUUGUUUGUAUGACGUCUUCCUGAGCUUCCGUGGAGAUGACGUGCGCAAAGGGUUUCUUAGCCACGUUGUUAAAGAGUUCAAAAGCAAGGGGAUCUCACCGUUCAUUGAUAACGAGAUGGAGCGAGGCAAAUCUGUCGGUCCCGCGCUUGAAAAAGCGAUCAGACAAUCAAGGGUCGCCAUUGUCUUGCUCUCCCGUAACUACGCUUCUUCAAGCUGGUGUUUGGAUGAGUUAGUGGAGAUCAUGAAGUGCAGAGAAGAGGAUAAGCAAAGAGUGAUCACCAUUUUCUACCAAGUGGAUCCAUCUGAUGUUCGCCAUCAGGGGGGAGAUUUCGGAAAAGCCUUUGAGAAAACCUGUGUGGAAAAAACCGAAAAUGUGAAGCAAGCAUGGAGGCAAGCUUUGAAGGAAGUCGCGGGUAUAGCUGGUUAUGCCUCGAGCAACUGGGAGAGUGAAGCUGAUUUGAUCAACGACCUUGCCACAAAUAUUAUGGGUGUGUUGGCUUUGACACCAUCACAUGAUUUCCAUGACUUUGUUGGCAUAGAAGAUCGUGUCACGGAGAUGAAAACGAUGUUGAGCCUACAAAAAAAAGAUGUUAAGGUGAUUGGGAUUUGGGGUCCUGCCGGGAUUGGUAAGACGACCGCCGCCAGAGUUUUAUACGACCAAGUCUCUCCAGAAUUUCAGUUCAGCACGUUUUUGGAGAAUAUCAAAGGAUGUUUUAAGAGGUCCUUUGGUAACGACCAUCAGUUGAAAUUGCGUUUUCAGGAAAAGUUGUUGUCUCAAAUUUUUAACCAAAAGGAUAUUGUGGUUCGUCACUUGGGAGGGGCACCACAAAAGUUGAAUGACCAAAAAGUGUUGGUUGUUCUUGAUGAAGUGGAUAGCUGGUGGCAACUAGAGGAAGUGGCGAACAGAGCAUGGUUUGGUCGCGGAAGUAUGGUUAUCAUUACAACCGAAGAUAGAAAACUUCUCAAGGCACUCGGACUCGAAGCCAAUCAAAUCUACAAGAUGAAAUUUCCAACUACAGAUGAGGCUCUUCAGAUCUUAUGUCUAUAUGCCUUCGGUCAAAAGUUUCCUAAUUAUGAUUUUGAAACUCUUGCUUGGGAAGUUACGGAACUUGCGGGUAAUCUACCUCUAGGCUUGAGAGUCAUGGGGUCGUAUCUACGGGGAAUGUCCAAGAAAGAGUGGAUAGACGCACUACCAAGCCUGAGGUCUAGUCUUGACAGCGAAAUUGAAUCAACUCUAAAAUUGAGCUACAACGUCUUAAGUAAUAAAGAAAAAUCUCUUUUUCUGCAUAUUGCAUGUUUCUUUGCUGGUUUCAAGGUUGAUAGGGUCAAGAGUAUUCUUGAAAAAAGCGAUUUAAACGUCAACCAUGGGCUUCAAACCUUAGCUUAUAGAAGUCUUAUAUAUAGAGAGAAUGGAUACGUGGAGAUGCAUAGUUUACUGCAACAAAUGGGUAAAGAAAUUGUAUGUCGACAAUCUGUCGAGCCUAGAAAGCGACAAUUCUUAACGAAAGCCACCGAGAUUUCUGACUUUUUUGAUGAAAACACUAAGUUAUUUUUUUUUAACAUUCCGUCUUCUGUUUCCUUUGUUUUUUAAGCUGGGAUUUUGUUUCUUUUUGAAUAAUAUAUUAUAGGGUA